UGCUGGUGUUAGAAGUAGCAUUUGAAAAGUGCUUAUUCAUAUACAUAAUUUUGAAGAUAAUACGGAACAGUGGUAUUAAAUCGAGUCUAAAAGUUGCCGACGAGCAAAGUUCAAAAGGCCGUCGGGAUGGGAACUUUGUCAUUGAGCGAUUUUCAGGAUGUGAAAAUUCCUGCCCCUUGGGGUCAUAUCUCAGGUCGUUGGUACGGUAACCGUAGAGAACGACCCAUUCUUGCGAUCCAUGGCUGGCUGGAUAACUUGGGAACCUUUGAUCGACUCAUUCCCCUGCUCCCAGACUACAUCGGAGUCCUAUGCAUCGAUCUGCCAGGACAUGGAAGGUCCUCGCACAUACAACCGGGAAUGUUUUACAGUGUCCUCGACUACGUUUACAUCAUUCCCCUGAUCAUGAAGGAGUACGGAUGGAGAAAGGUAUCCCUGUUGGGACACUCGCUGGGUGGCGUCCUGAGCUUCAUGUACACUUCCCUGGCUCCUCAUACAGUCGAUAUGGUAAUUUCCUUGGACAAAUUGCUGCCUUUAUCGAUUCCGAAAGAGUCGGAGCAUAUGGCUCAGAAAAUGGAGAAGCACCUGGUCGAGGAGAAUCGGCAGGUAGGGGGACAUCUUCACGAGCCUCCCUCCUAUUCCUACACCCAGUUAUGUAAGCUUCUGGCCAAAGGAAGCUCCGGCUCCGUGACUCCUGAGUUGGCCAAGCAUCUGCUCCAUCGCCAAGUCACCAAAUCUCAACUCUAUCCGGAUAGAUUCUUCUUUUCCAGGGAUGGACGAAUCAAGUUCUACAAUAUAACCCCUUUAUCCAUCGGAUUGGGUGAAGAGAUGGCGCGACGUAUACAAAGGAAACCCUACUUGAUUAUAAAGGGUUCCAAGUCAAUUCACUUGCCGCUUGACCUAUGCAAGGGAACCAUGUCCAUUCUGGGUCAAAACAAUCCGCACUACGAGUUCUACGAGUUGGAGGGCACCCAUCAUAUUCACCUCCAUGCUGCCGAGGAGUGUGCCCGGUACAUAGUGCCCUUUAUUCGACAUCAUCGACCUCCUGUCCUUACAUCUUGGUCUUUGGCUGGAAAGGAAGCUGAACUAAGUCUAACAGAGAAACCCAAGGAACAGGAGAAAUAUCUAGCGAUGAUCAGGAAUAAUCCCAGUAAACUUUAAA